UUGAAAAGACAGCUCUACGCAUCAGAUCUAUUUCCUGUUUGUUUGAUUUUUUUUUUCUUUUGAAUGAAAGGAGUUAGCUGUAUUGAUUUGUGCAGAAGGUAUCUACUGCUGUAGUCAUGAAUUUCAGAGUACGAGCUGCAACAAAGGAAGACUGCAAAGAAAUAUCGAGGAUGAUCAUGGAGCUGGCGGUUUAUGAGAAAAUGUCUGAGCAGGUGGAGAUCUCUCAUAAAGAGCUGGAGCGUGACGGUUUCUGCCAGAAUCCCUUUUUCGAAUGCCUCGUUGCAGAAGUUCCUGAGGAGCAUAAAUCCAAAGAAGGCUGUACAGUGGUUGGAUACGCGCUGUACUUUUACACCUACAGUACAUGGAGAGGACGAUCGGUGUUUCUGGAAGAUCUGUACGUCAUGCCAGAAUUCAGAGGCAACGGCAUUGGGAAAGGAUUAUUGUGCAAAGUUGCUGAGGUGGGAAGAAAGAAGGAUUGUGUGCGGCUGCAGCUGUCGGUGCUCGACUGGAACACUCCCUCUAGAGACUUCUACGCUGCUAAAGGAGCUCAGGAUCUGACUGUCAGCGAAGGCUGGCACUUCAUUCGCUUUGAUGGACAGAACCUGGAAAAUUUAGCAAACGAAGCUCCUAAAGAUCUAUAAUUAAACUACUCCAUACUUUAAUUUCUGAAAUAUAGAUAAAUUAAAGAAUUCCACGUUUGAUUUAUCCAGGUUUUCACCAACAGAUGUUUGCAAAUGCUGCUACAUCAAGUGGCUAAUUAAAUGGCUGUUAUAAAUAUUGAUUUAAAAUUUGCUGCCCAAGUGAAUUAUUUUUUUAUUU